GUCCAAAAUUCUUAUCUUAAUCGCUGGUAAAAAAUCUUGAAUAUCAUACGUGCAUAAAUAUUUUUUGAAAUGCAAGAUUUUUUUAAAAAUAAACAAAUAUGGGUAACGGGAGCUGGUGCAGGCAUAGGUCGAGCACUAUGUUUACGCCUGAACACUUUGAAUGCAUCAGUAGUCGCUAUUUCCAAAAGUUACGAUCGUCUUAAGACACUACAAAUGGAAGCGCCCUCAAUAUGCAUUGUGGCAGUUGAUCUACGAGACUGGGAUGCGACCAAAACUGCCCUAGAAUCUCUUCCUGCACCUCACGGAGUCGUUAACAACGCUGGGGUUGCUGUACUUCGCCCUAUUCUUGAAUUGGAAGAGAAAGAUUUCGACAGUACUUUCUCUGUAAAUGUAAAAGCUGCUUUGAAUGUAACACAGAUUGCAUCUAAAAAGAUGAUUGACAAUCAUUUGAAAGGUUCUAUAGUAAACGUUUCUUCUCAAGCAGCUAUGGCAGCUCUGGCAGACCAUGCUGUUUAUUGCAGUUCCAAAGCAGCCCUGGAUGGCUUGACCAGAUCUUCUGCUCUUGAACUUGGUAGGCAUGGCAUCAGGAUUAACAGUGUAAACCCAACUGUUAUAAUGACUGAUAUGGGUCGCUUAGGUUGGAGUGACCCAGAAAAAUCUAAGACUAUGUUAUCCAAGAUACCACUUGGACGAUUCGGAGAAGUUGAUGAAGUGAUAAACGCUGUUUUAUUUUUGCUCAGCGAUCAGUCAUCACUCAUUACAGGAACAUCAAUGCCUCUUGAUGGAGGAUUUACUGCCUGCUGAUGUAAAUUUAUCAUUUUACAUAUAAAUCUUUAUAUUUUUA